AUGAUUAGGAGCCCUGAUUUUGACACAUUUGUUUGCUGUGCUGUGUGUUCAAAACUAAUUCCACCACCGCCUUCAACAGAGACCUAUGAGCGGAUUAAGGAAUAUAAACCUUUCAAAACUCGAUAUUAUACUCACAAAGAUAUACUGGAUGUUGGGGCAGACAUUAAGCAACAAGAAGUGGAGAGAAGAGAAGAAGAAGUACAAAAACGGAUUGAAAAAGUAAAAACUAGACUGUUGUUUCAGGCUGAGAUGGAAAAAGAGGAUGCUGUGGAUGAUGCUCUCAUUCACGCUGCAGCCCUCCACAAGCAAGACAUAGAAGAGCUUAAAAAGAAACACGAAAAAGAACUGCAGGUGGCUGUGAUGAAUACGAGGACAGAAAUGCUGAAGCAUUUGGAAGUGGAGCUCAAGAGAGAAUCAGAAGCUGCUGAACAGCGAAUGACCCACAAACUCCAACGGCUCAUGCUGCAGUUGUCUCUGGAGAAGGAGAGAGCUGUGGCCAAAGUUACAGAACAGGAGAAAUCCAAAACAGCUGAAGUUCUGGCCAAACAACAAAAACACAAUAUGGAACAAUUGCGGCAAGCUGGAGUAAUUGCUAACGAAAUCUAUCAGAAGAACCUGCAACAAUUACACUGGGAGAAAUCACAUGAAAUGGAAGUUGCCUUUGCUGUCUCCCAAAAAGAAUAUCAGGAGGAAACAGACAAGCUCCUCAAAGAUGCAGAGAGUGUCCGGGAGACUCAGCUGGCACAGGUGGUGACCAAGGUGAAUGAAAAAGACACUGAGAUCUUCUCUCUUAGACAAAAACUAGACUCUAUGACAGAUUGGAAAAACAGCCUGGAAACUGAAAUACUAGAAAUAAGAGAAGCAUUUCAGAAGUACAUUGAUGUCACAUUUCCUCAACUUGCCCCAGGGCAAGCAGAUUUUAUCUUACCAUUCAGAAAAGAAACGGCAUUCACAAAUGCUGGCGUAGACAUUUAA